GUCGGGCUCUUUUAACUGUAACACAGUCAGGAAGUGAACUUUUUUUUCGAAGGGGCUCGGUUGAUUUGUGCCAUAUGUGUUGUGUUUGCCGUUCAGAUUACGCAUAAGAAAGAUGUGUACGUGUAAACAGCACCACACCUUCAGAUGAGGACGCUGAUCUUCGUCGCUUGGCUGCUGUUUUACGUGUCUUUUCUACUGGGAAUGAGAAAGAUGUGGACCGGGAAGUAUGUCCGCAGUCCUCUGGCUCGAGCUCUGUUCAUGAACAUGGAGACUGACUCACCUGAGUCACCUGCACAUGAAGUCCAGCAGUGGUACCACUGCAGUCCGGAUCUGCUCGGAGAACAGGUUCGCUCUCGCUUCGUUCAGAGUCAUCUGGAUGAGGACACGCAGGCUUUCCUCCGCCGAAGCAUGGAGAAAUCCAGCUGGCUCUUCACACAGCUCUACCACUCUCUCUUCUCCACCAUCUUCAGCCCCAUCGUGUCUCGGACCUCCAUCAACGGCUUUCUGGGCCGCGGCUCCAUGUUUGUGUUCUCGACGGAGCAGUUUCAGCGUCUCCUCCGGAUCGAGCCGGAAUGGAAAGGGCAGAGGAUGCUGGAUCUGGGAGCCGGUGACGGAGGCGUGACUGAAGUGAUGGGACGACACUUUCAUGAGGUGUUUGCCACCGAAGUGUCCACGCCGAUGAAGUGGCAUCUCCAGAGGAAGAAUUACAGCCUGCUGGGGGUGGAUGAGUGGCACCGGACAGGUUUCCAGUACGAUCUGAUCAGCUGUCUGAACCUGCUGGACCGCUGCGACGAGCCUCUGCAGCUGCUGCAGGACAUCAGGAGAUCACUGGUGCCACACAGCGGACGCCUGCUCUUAGCCGCUGUGCUGCCCUUCCAGCCGUAUGUAGAGACGGGCGGGGCCUGGGUGCGACCCAAGGAGCACAUCAAGGUGCAGGGCAAGACGUGGGAGGAGCAGGUGACUCACCUGAGCACAGACGUGUUCCUGAAGCUGGGCUUCCAGGUGGAGGCCGUCACUCGCCUGCCGUAUCUGUGUGAGGGAGACAUGUACAAGGACUACUACAUGCUGGACGACGCCGUCUUCGUGCUGAAACCCCACGAAUGAACCUCUGGCAGAAACGAGAGGGCUUCGUUUAAGUUUCCCGUAUGUUACAUCUCAGGAAAAUGAAAUCUUUGAGAAACAAAUGAUCAUAUCUUAUUGCAGUUAAAGAAGUGUAGUACAGAGCUGUUUCCUGUAGGGGUGGGACAUUUAAAAUAUAUAUAUCUAAUAUAAAAUAUUAGUUUGCUCAUUCGACAGGUAGCUAUUAAAUCUCCUUCGGUGCCUCCCCUCAUGUUUUCUGCAUUUGUAGUGAAUUUCUCAUGGGAUUUAUGAGUUUCAGAAAUAUCUUAGGACCAAUGUAAGACCUUUUUUUAUUUUAAUGCAUAAGUAAAAUGAUGAUGUGCACAACACAAAACGUCUCAAGAUACUUUUAUGUAGGUAUUAGUUAAUUACAGGAUGUGAUGUUCUGUUUGUACACAUAUUUUUAAUGAUGUAAAUCAAGUAUUGUCUUUAUUGAAUAUGUUUACUGUGCAAUAAAUCUACAUUUGUUCUCUGUA